GGCAGUCUUGUAUAAACUAGCCUUUGCUGAGCAGUGGGGCCCAGUGUUCCCCACCCGCUCUAAUUCUUACCUGAAUUCUUACUUUUCUUGUCUCUUUUAAGGCGUCGGCCUCUCUGUCAUCUUUCGGCCCUUUCUGCCUUCUCGACCUUUUCCUGACUUCUCCCUCCCCGCUCUUGUUCCCCUACACCUUGCUAUCUCUUGUCUUUUUUCCCUUCCCUUCGGUUUUCCCCGACCUGCCUGUUCGGGUAAUCCUGCAUGCUCCCCCCCAGGCACCUUCAAUAAAGGGCGCCCCUGUACCUCGUCUCCCAGCUCUUCACAAUUUUCGACUACCACUCACCCCCCGUGGCCCUGAAACCUUCCACAAUUUCGGGGUCCUACCACCGAAGUUGGAUGGAGACGUAUCACGGUCACGUCCGCACUCCUGCGGACGCAAUCAUUCUGUUUGAAGCAUGCCGCAUUGGUAUGCUGCCGCGUGUCCAGCGCCGGUUGUCCGAAAAGGAGCGGCAACUCAUCCAGUCCGGCUCUGUGUUUGUUUGGGAUGAGCGGGAAGCUGGCAUGCGACGCUGGACCGACGGCAAGUCAUGGAGCGCCAGUCGUGUUUCUGGGAGUUUCCUCACCUAUCGUGAGAUGGAGGGGAAGCGUGGAGGCACCAGCGUUCCCACCCAGCCUCCAAGAACUGGCAAAACACCAGACUCUGCACGCGGCAGCGAUGACGACCGGGGAGACGGCCCCGAUGAUGGUCCAGAUGGGUAUCGAUAUAAACCCGAUGGUUUAAUGAAGCAGUCGUUCAGUAUCACAACGUCGACUGGUCAGCAUCUCCACCUCAUAAGCUACUACUCCCGGUCGCAUCCCAACGCCGCGAAUCUCCUCCAGCCAUCCAAUGAUCCAGCUCUGCGAAGCGUGCGCCCGCAAAAGGGCCUCUAUCCAGAGUCGACCGUCAACGACCAGCAGAAUCUCCCUGUCGUCACUCGUGGUCCGAUGACGGGGCCUCCUUACCACCCAGUGCCCGCUCCACCACCACCUCCUCCUCACCACCAUAUGGCCCCCUACUCUCGCCCUGGCGCACCUGGACAUCCGCCGUCGUAUGCUCCUGGCUACGGAUGGCCGCCCACGCCGAUAGGCACGCCUCCCACUGUUUCAAUCCACUACCCCUACUUAUCGCCAGCACACCACCCACAACCAUAUCACCCGCUACCACCACCGCCCCAGCAGCAACCAGGCAUCCCGCCAGGCUACGAACGCGCAGUGCAUCCGAUGGAAGCCCCUGGACACCCACCGCACGUCCUGCAGCAAGCGCCUGUUUUAAUUCCCGCUCGCUCCCCUCGCGUAAUGGCCGAACCUACCCCGCCAGAGUUCGCCGUAAGCCGAGGUUCUCCACGCAUGCAGGCUGUUCAUUCAAGUCCUCACGUCAAUGGAGUCCCCAUCCCUGCCGUCCGGAGCCCGCGAGCUGUCAACCAAGCCCCGCCUCCCCCACCCGCUUCAGGGUUGAGCAUCCCGCCUCCAAAUCCCCCGUCCAGACCGCCCUCAGAAACCGGCGGCACAACCGUCCCAAGCAUCAACGUUCUUAUGAACAGCAGUUCGGGAGGUUCAUUACCGUCGAUUUCAGCAGCGGCUCCCGGCCCUGCGCCCGCUGGCUCGGGUGCUGCAAACGGGCGACCUUCGGACGGACCGCGCGAUAUCCCUAGCGACAAGAUCGGAUUCGGCAACGAGGACAUGCGUGCUCUUCGCCAGCUUGACAAAGCUUUCAAGGCGUAGUCUCUCAUUUUACGUUCUGUUUUGCGGAUAAAGACCCUCUCAUGGCAUGCAUAGAGCCUGCGGUGAAUUGGGCUCUCUCGUUCCUAUCCAUUCCGUUUUUCUUCUCUUUUUAUCUUUUACUAUCACACUCGGUUCAGGUUGGUCGGCGUUAUACAAGAGGAGCAUGCUGCAUGGGUGGGGUCUUUUUUUAUUCUGUUUUCUUCCACGUCACUGCUUAUUUACUUCCCAUUUACAUCGGCAUAUUGGCGGUUCGUUCGACACGGUCUACGAUAUGAUUCUCUUUGCCUUGUCGCUACUGGCAAGGUAGCUAUAUUAUGCUAUCUAUGUUCCAUUUAGACAAUUUACACAGUUUAUCAAACCGAACGAGUGUAGUAAAACCCCUAUCACCUCUUAGUAUUACG